AUGCCAGCUCCAGAUUUCUCAGAACACUUUUCUGUGCAGAACAUUCCCUUUGGAAUAGCAUCGUCUGCAAGCCACAACCAAGUACAAGUUGUGACACGAAUUGGAAAUGCCGUUGUAUUUGUGUUUGACCUGGCCGCAUCAGGAUUAUUCUCAGAAAUAGAUGGUUUGGAUAGCAGUGUAUUCAAAAGAUCGUCGUUGAAUGAAUUCGCUUCCUAUCCCAAAUGGAUGCGAGUAGCAGUUCGUGAAACAAUACAAAAGAGUUUUGAAGCCAAGGGAUUGUCAGGCUUCCCUCCGGGGAGCACCGAGGAUAUUUCAGCAAUCACUUUGCACCUGCCAAUCCAACCUGGCGACUUUAUCGAUUACUCUUGCUCCUUGGAGCAUGUGCGGAAUGCUGGCCGUAUUGUGGCCAAGAGUGAUCGCUUACCACCUGGCUUCUUUAACUUCCCCAUUGGCUAUCAUGGCCGAGCCAGCUCGAUAUAUGUUUCGGGGACUGAUAUAGAGAGACCCCGUGGACAUUAUUAUAGUGGAAAUGGUACAGGGAAAUACUUGGUUUAUGGACCAUCACAGGCCCUUGAUUACGAGGUGGAGCUGGCCAUGAUUGUAGGCUCACCUAUAGAGGCAGGAGUAGGAGUGACAGCAGUGGACGCUGACAAGCAUAUCUUUGGGUUUGUAAUAAUGAACGACUGGAGCGCGCGUGAUAUUCAGUCAGUGGAAAUGCCUCCUCUGGGACCUUUCAAUGGAAAAAGCUUUGGAACUUCAAUAUCGCCAUGGGUUAUAACUCAAGAAGCUUUGGAGCCCUUCAUGGUCAAGUCGAAAAACAAAACCUUACCAACCGCAGAAUAUAUAGCAGACCCCGACAACUGCAGCUAUUCUAUCCAAAUGCAAGUUGAGCUUUUAACGGAUGGCGUUGCGCCGACUAUUAUAGGAACAUCCAAUGUCUCGAGUUUGUAUUGGAAUGUGAGACAGAUGGUUGCACACGCGGUUAGCUCAGGGAGCCCUCUGCGUACUGGCGACAUAUUAGCGACGGGUACCGUGAGCGAGCCAGGCAGAGGAGAACGUGGGUGCCUAUUGGAAACAACUGAGGGUGGCCUGGAGCCUGUCAUUCUGACUGAUGGGACAUGUAGAAAAUAUCUUGAAGACUUAGAUAUUGUUAGGAUGACGGCCAUUGCUGGGGAGCCAUCCUCUGGCGUUGGGUUUGGAGCGUGCCUUGGACGUGUGCUUCCAAGUCGUUAG